ACGCCAGUCUUGUCCGCAGUGGCAAACUUGCCAGUCCAGUUCGCGCGGGUCUUCUAUAACGUUAAGAAGUUUUUCGGUUGGUUGCUUGUUUUGGAUUUUCUCCUGAGGGACGGACCGUGCGCGCAUUUACACACGGUCAAGAAAAUCGAAACGUUUGGCGUCGGCAGCAUCGGAGUUUAACGAAUGCGGCUGUGGAAGAGCGCAGUGAGUGCAAGCAAAAUAUAUCGAAUUCCGCUGAAAACAAACCCUUCGCACGAGCUAGCGGAAAUUGAGGGGUCAGUGGAAUAAUAGCCUCCACCAGUCAGUAGUGCAGUGUGUGUUGGAUUAUACCGGGUUUAACCCAUUUGGCGGAAGACGAAAUAGCGUACAGGCUGGCGCUAGUGGGGUUGCCCGUCAAAGUUGGCAAAAAGUGAAGUGAAAGAAGCCACGAGCAGAAGUGGAACCAUAACAGCAACAAAAAAGUGGAAACAGUGAAAAGGGAGUGAAUUAGACCAGCAGGCUCAGGCUGACCGGUCGAAGGUAUUUGGUACGCUUCGACGGGCCGGCAGCACAUGCGGAUACGCCUAAAUCGUGGCGGACGGACUGUGCUGUGGUAGAAGAAAGCGGCACGGAUUUGGAUUAGACAUACUCAACCAAGAAACCCGUCAAAAUUCCGCACCACCAUGGAACGGGGACUUCAUGAUCGGGACCGGGUGGGACUGCAGGAUCAGGUCCUACUCGAAAACUACCAAAGCGAGGAUGCCUUCAUUGACAACCUGAAGAAAAGGUUCCAGGAGAAUCUGAUUUAUACAUACAUCGGGCACGUGCUGAUAUCCGUUAAUCCGUACAAAGAGCUCCCGAUCUACACCGAGCAAGAUGUUAAAGAGUACCGGAAGCGACACUUUUUUGAGGCACCCCCACAUGUGUUCGCCUUGAGUGACAACGCGUACCGAUCGCUGACCGAGGAGAACCGGGGCCAAUGUAUUCUAAUCUCGGGAGAGAGCGGUUCCGGCAAGACGGAAGCGUCGAAGAAGGUCCUACAGUUCAUUGCCGCCGCAACGGGGCACACGACCAGCGUCGAAGGCGUCAAGGACAAGCUGCUGCAGAGCAAUCCGGUAUUGGAAGCGUUCGGGAAUGCCAAAACGAACAGGAACGACAACUCGUCCCGGUUCGGAAAGUACAUGGACGUGCAGUUCGAUUACCGGGGGGCGCCGGAGGGAGGCAACAUUUUGAACUAUUUGCUGGAGAAAAGCCGGGUGAUCCAUCAGAGUGUCGGAGAGAGGAACUUCCACAUUUUCUACCAGUUGUUGGCCGGUGCGGAUGACGGGUUGCUCCAGGAACUGCAUCUGAAGCGGAAGCUUGAUACGUACUACUAUCUGACGGAUGGGGACAGUGGAAACAGCGCUAACAUUAGAGACGCGGACAACUUUCGGCAGGUUCAGACAGCUAUGUCGGUGAUCGAGAUUCCCCAAGAAGAGCAAAAGUUAAUCCUGGAGAUCAUAGCAAGUGUGCUCCAUAUGGGUAAUGUGGGUUUUACCGAGGAAGAAGGAAAGGCCAAGAUCCUGAAACCGGAGUCGGUCACGGCGAUUGCAAAGCUUUUGGGAUGCGAGGAAGAACAGUUACGCAAUGCCUUUACCAAUCGGACGAUUGAAGCCCGGGGUGAUAUUGUUACAAGCCCUCUCAACCGUGAUAUGGCCAUCUAUGCGCGAGAUGCCCUUGCCAAGGCAGUCUACGAUCGACUGUUCACCUGGUUGGUGUCACGCAUCAAUACUUCCUUACAUGCUGAGCACAUUGCAAAGAAGAACAGCGUUAUGGGUAUCUUGGACAUCUACGGGUUCGAGAUAUUCAAAAAGAACAGUUUUGAACAGUUCUGCAUCAAUUUCUGCAAUGAAAAACUUCAACAGUUAUUCAUCGAGCUGACACUGAAGUCAGAACAGGAGGAAUAUUUGAAAGAAGGUAUUGAGUGGGUACCGGUAGAGUACUUUGACAACAAGGUGAUUUGCAAUUUGAUUGAGGAGAAGCACAAAGGCAUUAUUGCUCUGAUGGACGAAGAAUGCUUACGCCCGGGAGAUCCUACGGAUUUGAGCUUCCUUAGAAAAAUGAACGACAACCUGGGAGACCAUGCUCACUAUAUUUGUCACAGUAGAGCUUCGACAACCGUCCAGAAGACAUUGGGUCGCGACGAGUUUAGAUUGGUACAUUACGCUGGAGACGUCACGUAUCACGUUCAAGGGUUCCUCGAUAAGAACAAUGACCUACUCUUUAGGGAUUUGAAGGAGACUAUGUCCGAGUGUAACAACGGAAUAAUAAAGGCUUGUUUCCCAAUAGCGGAUAUAUCCAGCAAACGACGCCCAGAAACGGCCGUGACACAGUUUAAAAACUCGUUGAACAAUCUGAUGGACAUUCUUAUGUGCAAGGAACCGUCGUAUAUUCGGUGCAUCAAACCAAACGACCUGCAGACAUCCGGUCACUUUGACUACGAACUGGUUCGCCACCAGGUUAAGUAUCUUGGCCUAAUGGAGAACCUUCGAGUUCGUCGAGCUGGUUUUGCGUACCGCCGAACAUACGAAAUGUUCCUGCAGCGCUACAAAUGUCUUAGCAAACAAACGUGGCCUCAUUACCAUGGUCCGGCCAAGGAAGGUGUUCAAGUAUUGGCAUGUGAAAUGGGCUACGAUCGCGACGAUUAUCGAAUGGGUAAAACAAAAAUCUUCAUUCGGUUCCCCAAGACCCUGUUCGAGACUGAAGAUGCAUUCCAAAUGAAGAAACACUACCUGGCGUCGAUUAUUCAAGCGCGUUGGAAGGGCAGACGACAGCGCCAGAUCUAUCUGGAAACCUACGCCAAGAUUAUCAUAUGUCAGAAGUACAUUCGACGAUAUCUUGCUAUCCAGGAAAGGAAACGACGCCGCAUUGCUGCCGAUAAGAUUCGAUUCUUCAUUAAGGGCUUCAUCACCCGUCACGACGCACCUAAUGAGUGUAACAAAUCUUUCAUUGAGCAUACAAAGCGCCAUUGGCUGCAAAAACUGGCCAAGAGUCUUCCGAAGACAUUUAUGAACCACACCUGGAUUCCUGCACCAAAGCACUGCCAGGACGCAUCAAUAAUUCUGCGAAAAAUGCACAAACUUCACCUCGCACGAGUGUAUAGACUGGCUCUCCCUCCGGAGAAAAAGAAGCAGUUCGAGCUGAAGGUGCUGUCCGAGGCUGUGUUCAAGGGUAAGAAGCGAAACUACUCGGAGAGUAUUGGACCGUGGUUCCUGGACGAUCGGAUUUCCAAGCAACAUGCCACGCCAAUUAGUAACUUUGUGGUAACGCAGAUGAACAACGAGAAGCUGCAUUACUCCACCCCGGUGAUCAAGUACGAUCGGCACGGGUACAAAGCCCGCGAACGGUUCUUCCUGCUAACAAACAAGGCCGUGUACUUGCUCGAUGGCAAAACGUACAAGCAGAAGCAUCGCCUCCCGCUGGACAAGGUCGAUUUCUGCAUCACCAGCGAGCGGGACGGAAUCAUGCUCAUCCGGAUUCCGCUCGAGCUCAAGAAGGACAAGGGCGACCUGAUACUGGACAUUCCGGACAUCAUCGAGUGCUGCAUCUGGAUAAUGGACGCGACCGGGAACCGUAACCUUGUCAACAUCGUCGAGACGGGAUCAUUAUCGCACAAUCUAGUCAGAGGUAAAACUGGUGUGAUUGAGAUUCAGACCGGACCACAGCCCAGUAUUACUAGAGCCAAGAGCGGAAACCUAUUGGUUAUUGCCGGACAAUAAUCACGCCACUUACACCAAGAAGAGGAGCAAUUCGUACUUCAUCAACCAAGCCGGGCAGCGGAGGAGGAGGAGCCGUUUAUUAAGACAGCACAGCUGACUUCUCUUGACUACGAACUAUUGCUAAAAAAAACUCCAUUUAUUAACAUUGUACUUAGGCAGUUUUAAGCAAAAUUUUAAUCCGUCGUCUUUAUUAUACAAAAAAAAAACUUUAUUAAACAUAGAACUGGAAUAUUUUGGAGUGAACUUCAAAGGAUGUUUUAUGAAACGAAGAAUUGUUAGCUUUGAAACUCCAAAAAUGAUGUGCCUUUUUUCGAGAGGAAUCAUCGGAAACAUGAAUUCAGGCUGUUGAAAAUACAAAACAACUGUUAGAACUUUGAUCGUUAAGAAAGAACUGUUACAAACACACAAAAUUUAAACUGCUUUAGAAAUCUAGCAUUUUUAUUCGUUUAGCUACAAGUGCCAUUAGGUGGUAGAUAGGGGAUCGUAGGAUCACAAGGAUACGUGUUAUUAUUUCUCCUUUUAAAUUAUUUUCUUCCCAAGACAACGAUGUUUUAGUUAAGUUUUGAUUCCCAGAAUCCCUUGAACGAACAGAAUACACAACAAGUACCAUUUUAUGUCAAACCGCAGAAAUCAGGCGAAAAAAGCUCAGUUGAAUAACUCUAGCCAGUAGGUUUUAAUACUUUCAAUAAUAUAGGAAGCCCGUUUCCGUUUUACACAGUACCGACAUUUAAUAAAUGAAUAUCAAAUCUUA